CUGCUGACGCUUGCCACGAGGCGGCUACGUGGAGCAGAAAUCAUGGAUGUCGGUGAGCUCGAGAAACGUCUGACGUUCGGAACUGAUUUUAUCUACUUCCCAUUCAUCAAGUUCAACCGUUUAUUCAUAGACUGACGAAGGCUUCAAAGCUCCAACGAUGAAGCUUGUUCAUAAGUUCAUCGAAAAGGACGGAAGCGGGAAUGUCACCCUCAUUCCCGAAGAGGCUGAGGACAUGUGGCACGCCUACAACUUGAUGUCCCAGGGCGACAGCCUCAAGGCUUCUACAAUCAGAAAGGUCACCACAGAGUCGGCAACCGGCAGUACCGGAAGCAAUAGAGUUCGGACUACCCUCGUCAUCUGCAUUGAGAGCAUUGAUUUUGACACACAGGCAUGUGUGCUCCGUGUCAAGGGCCGCAACAUUGCGGAAAACCAGUACGUCAAGAUGGGUGCUUACCAUACAUUGGACUUGGAAAUGAACAGAAAGUUCACUCUCGCCAAACAACACUGGGACAGUGUGCAUUUAGAGAGGCUCGACAUGGCAUGCGAUGUCACUCAACAUGCUGACCUGGCAGCAGUGGUGAUGCAAGAGGGACUGGCCCAUGUCUGCCUCGUCACGUCUUCCAUGACACUGGUGCGGGCAAAGAUUGACGUCAGCAUCCCUCGCAAACGAAAGGGAAGCUGCUCACAGCAUGACAAGGGUUUGCAGAGAUUUUAUGAAGCUGUGAUGCAAGCAAUUUUGCGGCAUGUGAACUUUGAUGUUGUCAAGUGUGUAUUGGUUGCCAGUCCCGGCUUUGUCAAAAGCUGGACCAACUGACUGGGGUGGCAGCCAUCCUGAGGUACCCAAUGCCCGAGCUUGAGGACGAAGAGCUGAGCUCUGACGAAGAGUCCUGAAAGGAAGCUUCACCCUGCAUAGCGUCUUCUAAUUUAACUCGACUGUUUCAGUGUACAUACAGUGUAUAUGAUAAAGCAAAGGGCAUGGACGUCACUAGAGAUUGUUACGGAAUGUGCGCACGAGGUGUCUUGUGCCUCGAGUAAACACUGUUAUCGAAUAU